CGGGGGCGGGCCGAGAUGGCGGCGGCCAGCUGAGCGUUCGCGUGGUGCACUCGCGGUGCCGGUGCUCGCAGUCAUGUCGGGCCGCCAGGGCAACAAACUGCCCAGCAACCUGCCGCAGCUGCAGAACCUCAUCAAGCGCGACCCCACCUCCUACACCGAGGAGUUCCUGCAGCAGUACCAUCACUACCAGUCCCAUGUGGAGAUCUUCACCUUCCAGCCGGACAAGCCCAGUAAGGAGCUGGCCGAACUGCUGAUGUUCCUGGCGCAGGUUGCCCACUGCUACCCCGAGCACAUGGCCAGCUUCCCGCAGCAGCUGAAGGAGCUGCUCUCCUACCACCACACGGUCCUGGACCCCGACCUGCGCAUGACCUUCUGUAAGGCUUUAAUCCUGUUGAGAAACAAGAAUCUAAUAAAUCCCACGAGUUUGCUGGAGCUCUUCUUUCAACUGCUGAGGUGUCAUGAUAAACUGCUACGAAAGACCUUGUACACUCACAUCGUAACGGACAUCAAGAAUGUCAAUGCCAAACACAAGAACAAUAAAGUGAACACGGCACUGCAGAACUUUAUGUACACAAUGUUGAGAGACAGCAAUCCCACCGCUGCCAAAAUAUCUCUGGAUGUGAUGAUAGAGCUCUACAGACGGAAUAUUUGGAAUGAUGCCAAAACAGUCAAUGUCAUCACAACUGCCUGCUUUUCCAAAGUGACCAAGGUAUUAGUUGCUAGUUUGAAGUUCUUCCUUGGGAAAGAUGAGGAUGAGAAACAGGACAGCGAGUCGGAGUCUGAGGAUGAUGGCCCCACGGCCAGAGAUCUGAUGACGCGCUAUGCGACCAACAAGAAAACCACCAAGCGCAAGAAGAAACUGGAGAAAGCCAUGAAGGUCCUCAAGAAACAGAAAAAGAAGAGCAAGCCAGAGGUGUUCAACUUCUCUGCCAUUCACUUGAUUCAUGAUCCCCAAGACUUUGCUGAGAAACUGCUGAAGCAGCUGGAGAACUGCAAGGAGCGAUUUGAAGUGAAGAUGAUGCUCAUGGACCUAAUAUCCAGGCUUGUUGGAAUACAUGAGCUUUUUCUUUUUAAUUUCUACCCCUUUGUUCAGAGGUUCCUCCAGCCCCAUCAGAGGGAAGUGACAAAGAUUCUUCUGUUUGCUGCACAGGCUUCACAUCAGCUGGUACCACCUGAGAUUAUCCAGUCAGUGUUGAUGACCAUUGCCAACAACUUUGUCACAGACAAGAAUUCUGGGGAGGUCAUGACUGUAGGAAUCAACGCAAUAAAAGAAAUCACUGCGAGAUGUCCCUUAGCCAUGACUGAAGAUCUGCUCCAAGACCUUGUUCAGUACAAGACACAUAAAAACAAAAAUGUGAUGAUGUCUGCAAGAACUCUGAUACACCUGUUCCGCUCUCUGAAUCCAGAGAUGCUGCAGAAGAAGUUCAGGGGUAAGCCUACCGAGGCCUCGGUGGAAGCCAGGAUUCAUGAAUAUGGAGAACUGGAUGCCAAAGACUACAUUCCAGGAGCAGAAGUACUGGAGGUUGAGGAUCAAAAGGAAAAGGGAGGAAUCCAAGAGGAAGAUGGCUGGGAGAGUGCUAGUCUGAGUGAGGAGGAGGACAAUGACGAUGGAGAAUGGAUUGAUGUGCAUCACUCCUCAGAUGAGGAGCAGCAACAAGUAGCAGAAAAGGUGAAAGGCAUGCCCAUAGAGGAACGAAAAGCCAAAGCUGCAGCAGUCAGUACAAGCAGGCUGCUAACUCAGGAAGACUUCAAGAAAAUACGUCUCGCUCAGCUUUCCAAAGAACUUAAUUCUGCACCUGGCAAAGCUGCAAAGCGGAAAUAUAUUGAAAUAGAUGAUGAAGAGGAGGAGGAGGGCAGGGGGGAGUUGCUUUCACUCAGAGAUAUUGAACAUCUGCAUAAGAAGCCCAAGUCCGACAAGGAGACAAGAUUGGCAACUGCAAAGGCUGGAAAGACGGACAGAAGAGAAUUUGUGAAAAAGAAAACCAGAAUUAACCCAUUUGCCAGCUCUUCCAACAAAGAAAAGCAAAAGAACAAGAACUUCAUGAUGAUGAGAUACAGCCAUAGUGUCCGGACCAAGGGCAAGCGUUCCUUUAGGGAGAAACAGCUGGCUCUUAGAGAUGCACUUCUGAAAAAGAGAAGGCAGCUGCUAAAAUAAAUGCUGGAGAGGUCUUCAUCACCCUUGAAGAAGACGCCCUGGAGAUGCCUAUUUCCACCCACCAUCACCCUGAGGGAAAAGGAGGACUGUGGUGCCUUAUGGAUUUAGCUCUGAUCUGUUUGGAAAUGCAAAUGGAACUAUUGCAAGCUGAUGGAUACUGCAUCAAUAGGAGAGAGGCCUUAAUCCUUGGAGGAUAUGAAUUUGUUUUUAAAGCAUUCUAGGGUACAAGGCAAUUAUAUUUUUAUUUCAUGUCAUUUA